GGCAAGCGCUUCUAUUGUAUUGCAGCGUGUGUGCGGCUCACCUUCAGAACUUCCCCUGAACCACCGAACAUCAGCAGCAGUCACAUAUCACAGGAUUUACAACGUAUUCAUUUUUCAUUCCGUGUCUGUCACUUUCCAUUUAAGUUUCUGGGGUAAAGGUAUCCGCCUAUUGUGUUCUUAUACACGUUGAUUAGGAGGAAAGACUUCUUAUUUCCACUCUUAAAGACCAGUGUUCUUAACUUGGCAGCCAUCGGGCUAACCUCCCAGACCCUUCCUCUUCAACAUUCUGCCGCCGUCUGAGGCAAGGUUUACCAAGCCGAACACAAAGGAGGUGAAGACGGCUGCAGAGAGAAAUAGGAAGACUCACAGACUGAGUUACAGUAAACAUUAUGUCAGGUGUCAUGUUUGUGGUGGCAACUUCCUGCCUUGGCUGUCCUCUCUUGACAGUAUCACUCUUUCCUCAAGUCGUACCAUGGGGUUUGGCAAGGUGGUUUUUUGUCUAAAAACAAAUCACAGCAGCUGAGUUUGUGGAAUGAAAACGCAAGGAAAGCAAAUAAUAAGAAAAAACAACCAUGCCGGAGAAUGACCAGCUGGUCUAUAUCGGCCUGGAGCUGGUGAUCGCCUUAUUGUCUGUGGCGGGAAACGUGCUGGUCUGCUGGGCAGUCUGCCUCAACUCCAAUCUGCAGAGCAUCACCAACUUCUUUGUGGUGUCACUGGCAGUGGCUGAUAUUGCUGUGGGGCUGCUGGCAAUCCCCUUCGCUAUCACUAUAAGUACCGGCUUCUGUGCAAACUUCUUUGGCUGCCUGUUCAUCGCUUGCUUCGUCCUCAUCCUCACCCAGAGCUCCAUCUUCAGCCUGCUGGCCAUCGCCGUCGACCGCUACAUCGCUAUCAAGAACCCACUCAGGUACAACAGCCUGGUGACAGGGCAGAGGGCAAAGGGCAUCAUCGCAUUGUGCUGGGUCCUCUCAGUGGGCAUCGGCCUGACACCAAUGCUGGGCUGGAACACAGGUUUGAACACAACCGCCCCAACCAGCAGCAAAAUCUGCCCUGAAGGUUUGACCGAGUGCCUGUUUGAAGGAGUGGUUACCCUGGACUACAUGGUCUAUUUCAAUUUCUUCGGCUGUGUGCUGGUGCCCCUGUUGGUCAUGCUGGUCAUCUAUGCCCAUAUCUUCAUGGCUGCUCGACGCCAGCUCCGACUGAUGUGUCUCAAAGUCGCACACACGCCCGCUCCUGGAGUUAUAACUUCAUCGUCGAGCUCAUCUCGUUCCACCCUGCAGAAGGAAGUUCACGCAGCCAAAUCGUUGGCUAUCAUUGUCGGUUUGUUCGCAUUGUGUUGGCUCCCGCUGCACAUCAUCAACUGUUUCAACCACCUGUGUCAGGACUGUGGGCGCGUACAUAUCUGGGUAAUGAACAUCGCCAUCAUCCUUUCCCAUGCUAACUCUGUGGUGAAUCCCUUCAUCUACGCGUAUCGCAUACGGGAGUUCAGGCAGACCUUUCGAAGGAUCCUGUACCAGCAAAUCCUCGGGCAGAGGGAUGGACGUGGGUUUGUGAACGAUUGUGGUGAUGGCAGAAGUGUUGGGAAAAGCAGUUUCAGGCGGCGGACUUCUUCCCGUACCAGCAAAGAGGGUUCAUCCAGUGGCACCGUAGUGAAUAGUUACGUCCUGGACUCCAGUCCUGAGCGAUCUACACCAAAAGCAACUCAUGAAGCCUCUUGCCAUUGGACAUCAAAUUUAGACACUGCACCAGGUAGUUACAUACCUAACGGACAGCAUGUGAAGGGUAGCCACCUACCAGGUGGCUUUGCUGCUCAGGAUGGAGUCCAGUUGGUCUCCUAUUUGAAGGGAACAACAGAUGUUUUGGAGGUGAAAGACAGUGAAAAUUGCAUUACUUUUGUAAAUGUUCAGGCUUUUUCCCUUAAACAAUCUGACUUUGAACAUUCAACAGAGCUCACAAAAGUCUCAUGACAUAGAUAUUUAGGUAUUUAAAGGUGGGCUAGGUAAGUUUGAGAAACCGGCUCGAGAUACACUUUUUGUUAUAUUCCAUGGAAUGCUCUUAACAUC